GAUUUGCUUCCUUUCUCUCUCUUCUUUCUCUCUCUUCGCCAGUCCAUUGGUCAGAGCAAGUUCAUUUUACUCAUCGAUGGAAUCGCUGUCAACGGCGAUCAUUCCUAAGUUCGUUAUUCCGGCGAGCAGUUUUCACAGUUCAUCCCGAUUUCUUACGCCUGUUUCGAGUUGGAAUCGCAAGUCGGACAGAGCUUUCACGUCUCUUCGGUCUCAUGCAGAGGCGAAGAAUCCGCCUCCGACUACUCUGCCAACUGCCGCGAUCGACUUCAAUGAUCCUGAUUGGAAGUUCAAGUAUCAAAGAGAUUUCGAGUCUCGUUUCAACAUUCCUCACCUCACUGAUGUUUUGGACGAUUUAACUCCGUAUCCGUCAACCUUUUGUCUCAGAAUGAGAACUCCAACAGAAGAUUUCGCUAAUGGUUAUCCAUCCGAUGAGAAGUGGCAUGGCUACAUAAAUAAUAAUGACAGGGUACUUCUUAAGGUAAUAAAUUAUUCUUCUCCAACAUCUGCUGGUGCUGAGUGCAUUGAUCCUGACUGUACUUUUGUUGAACAAUGGGUUCAUCGUGCUGGUCCUCGAGAGAAAAUUUACUUCAAACCAGAAGAAGUAAAAGCUGCAAUAGUGACUUGUGGAGGACUCUGCCCCGGUCUCAAUGAUGUCAUUAGGCAGAUUGUUAUCACUCUUGAGAUAUAUGGAGUAAGGAAGAUUGUGGGGAUUCCAUUUGGUUAUCGUGGUUUUUCCGACAAAGACCUAGAAGAAAUGCCAUUAUCCAGGAAGAUAGUUCAGAAUAUCCAUCUUUCUGGGGGAAGCUUAUUGGGAGUUUCGCGUGGGGGUCCCAGUGUGAGCGACAUUGUUGAUAGUAUGCAGGAAAAGGGAAUCAACAUGCUUUUUGUUUUGGGUGGGAAUGGUACCCAUGCAGGUGCAAAUGCGAUCCACGAUGAGUGCCGUAAAAGAAAGCUGAAAGUGGCUGUAGUUGGUGUGCCUAAGACAAUUGAUAAUGAUAUUCUGUUGAUGGACAAGACAUUUGGUUUUGAUACUGCUGUUGAAGAAGCACAACGGGCAAUUAAUUCGGCUUAUAUUGAGGCGCAUAGUGCUUACCAUGGUAUUGGAAUUGUGAAAUUGAUGGGGCGUAGUAGUGGAUUCAUAGCAAUGCACGCGUCCCUUGCAAGUGGACAAAUUGAUAUCUGCUUGAUCCCCGAGUUAGGCUUUGAAUUUCAUGGACCAAAUGGUGUCCUAAGACAUCUGAAAUAUCUAAUCGAGACAAAGGGAUCAGCUGUUUUAUGUGUGGCAGAGGGAGCUGGUCAGGAAUUCCUGAAGAAAACAAACUGUAAGGAUGCAUCUGGAAAUGUUGUAUUUGGAGAUAUUGGUGCAUAUAUACAGCAAGAGACAAAAAAAUACUUCAAGGAAUUAGGUAUACAUGCUGAUGUGAAGUACAUAGACCCUACAUACAUGAUCCGAGCUUGCCGAGCAAACGCAUCAGAUGGUAUUCUUUGCACGGUGCUGGGACAAAAUGCAGUCCAUGGUGCAUUUGCUGGAUAUAGUGGGAUUACAGUAGGAAUAUGCAACACACACUAUGUUUACCUUCCAAUUCCAGAAGUGAUAUCUUAUCCGCGUAUACUUGAUCCCAAUAGUCGCAUGUGGCAUCGAUGCUUAACAUCUACAGGCCAACCGGAUUUCCUCUGAAGAAGGUAAUUGGAUUUGGAUAGGAUCUAACAUUGGUGCCCUACCAAAUAUUCAAAAUAGAGAGGUAUUUAAAGAACUGAAACCUAGUGUUUCCGGUUAGUAUUUCCAGUACAGAAGAUGAAAUAUGAUGAUAAUAAUAAUAAUAGAGGGAUGGCAUAUUCCUUCAUAUUCAAAAAGUUAUUUUCUCACUGUAUAAAUUUGAAAUGACAACAAGGAAGGAUAUCAUCCCCAGAUCUUCAUUGAGACCAUUUUUAUUGACCAAGGAAUUCCUUUUUGUUUUUUAUUUUAUUUUAUUUAUCCCAGAUGAUAAUAAGUUGUCUGUUGUAAGAACAUCAUUUGGAGCAGUAAUAGAUCUGCAGAGUGACUAUUCAUUCA